AGUUCGGUUCAGACGGUUUUGUCGAGCGGUUCUAAGUCGGGAAGUCCGGUUGGCUUUAUUUUAUUAAUUAUCAGCAUACAGAAUAUAUAUGUUGUACGUGACGUUGCCACGGCUACGGUUCUAUUUUGUGCCUCAAAAGUUGCAUUAUUAGUCAUAGGGUCGGUUAAUUUAAUUAUUAUUACACCGUCGAUAUCGGGUUUUUCCUUUAAUUUAAUUUGCUCUCGUGGAUGCAGUAGUGCUAUAAGUGAAGUGUGUAUUUUUAGAAGGAGAUUUUAAGAAUCAUCUGCCGUCAUGAGAUAGUCGUGUCCUUUAAAAGAAAUGAAAUCGAGCAGAACGCACGUGAUCGCCUUUCAUGAGUUGUGACCAAUGGGCCAGCCACAAACCCACCGUUACUUUAAUGUUAGACCACCUGGACGGAAAAAGAUCUCUUGCCGCUGGACCAUCGAAAUAAUAAUGAAUGUUCAUAACGACAUUGUUGCUUAGAUUAUUAGUGACGUGAAGACCAUCAAACAAUUAGAAAAAUGUACAACAAUCGAAAAUCUUUUAUAAUCAAGAUCUUCGUCAUCUUAUGUUUGAUCUACAUCGCUGUGCACGUGUUGUUUAGUAGUGGGGAGCCGGUGAUCCGGGAACUUCAACAGUCCGGUAGGAGUCUGGCUGGACUGGAUGGUCAGAAUGUGGAUGCUGUAGCUUUAAUGCAGGAUGCGGCUAUCCAACUAACCACAUCGAACGCAUCCAGAGUCCCGCAACCAAGGGAGCAACUAGCAGAAGUGAAACCUUCGGAAGCACCCCCAGCGUUAAAACCGGAACCAACCGUCGAAGAAAAAGUGAAACUGAUCACGAACUGUCUGGAUCGUCCGACGGUGCCGAAAACGCAACAACGCGGCGAUUAUUGGGUGCUGUACAAUUACGUGCGUGCCGAACGGACGUUUAAGUGCGAGGAAACCGUGACUUAUACCACGCACGCCGAUUUUUCCUUUAUGGACAAUUUGGUGCCGUUGUUGGAAAGGUGGAGAGGGCCGAUAAGUAUCGCGUUACACGCCCCGGGGACCGAUUUCCCGAAAACGUUGGAAUCGAUCGCCCAUUUGAGAGACUGCACCAGUGCUUUGGUGCGCGAGUUGGUCACUUUUCAUAUUUAUUUUUCGACUAAGCACGUUCCCAAAGAGGUUCCAAAACACACCAAAGUGUUCGAGGAACCUUACAAUUGCUCACUCACCCCUCCCUACCUCAACGUAUCGUCUGACCAGAUGUACAAGGCGCAAAAAAAACUCCUGUAUCCGGUCAAUGUGGGACGUAACGUGGCCCGCGAGAUGGCGCAGACCCACUACAUCCUGCCGUCCGAUAUCGAACUGUAUCCUAGUCCAAAUAUUAGUACCAAGUUCCUAGAAAUGGUGGCGACGAACGUCGGACCGUUGCUGAGCAAGAACCCCAAGGUGUACGUUCUACACAUAUUCGAGGUCAGUGCCAAUUCGCAGGUGCCAGAGACUAAGACGAUGUUGAAGGAGAUGUUGAUGAAUGGUACGGCAUUACCGUUUCACAAGAAGCUCUGUCCAGGGUGCCAUAAUAUCCCUAAAGCGAAAGAGUGGCAGUUAGCCCCAGAAACGCAGGGUCUCCACAUAUUCCACGUGGGGAAAAGAAACGGACGAUUCAUCCAUUGGGAGCCGAUUUUUAUCGGGACACAUAACGACCCGUUAUACGACGAACGACUCAGUUGGGAGGGAAAAAGUGACAAAAUGACACAGGGUUAUGCAUUAUGCGUCCUAAACUACGACUUUAUGAUCCUAGACAACGCUUUUCUCGUACACAAGCCGGGCAUAAAAGUGUACAAGAAGGACGCGAAACGUGCUAUGUUGGCCGGCAAAACCAAUCAGUUAAUUAAAAAAAUUAUUUUUCCCGAACUGAAGGUUUUGUAUGGUGUGAGGAAAGGCUGUGCUGUAUAAAGUGAUUAAAAGAAAUGAUGAAAAUA